AUGUUCUCAGGAUUUUUGGGAGCUCUGCCAUGCUCAUGCCAAGGCCAAGACGCCACAGCUGAGGACAAUGCUGUUGAGAAGAAGAACAGGUUGGGCCGGACAGAGCUCCACAAUGCUGUCUGCCAGGGUGACGAAAGGCGCGUCCAGCAGCUCCUGCAAAACCGCGCAUCUGUUGAUGCCAAGGAUGAAAGCGGCCGGACACCAUUGCACUUGGCCGCCAGUGAGGUCUCCGGACCAACCAAAAUCAUUAAGCUGCUGCUAGAGGCGAAGGCCAUGACUGAGGCCAAAGACCUGGGCGGCUUCACUCCAUUGAAUUUGGCUUGCGACUUGAAGUGCGAGGAAGCAGUGGCUGUUCUGCGGGGCGGUUGGCAAAUCCAAAUGUACAUGGAGUCAGUAGCAAUAGACCCGUGUCCGAAGGCGCCGCUGGAUGUCCUGCACUUCUUGCCGAAGCACAUGCCAGCCGUGGCCUCCGAUGCAAAUGAAAUCACCUUCGAGGGAAUCAUCAUGUCUAGCGCAGAGCAAUGCUGGACGUCGUUCCCUGGCAAAUUCAAGGCUGGAUGGGAUGCGCUGGUGAACGUGCCAGCUUUUGGCGACAGUGUUGCAUGCGUUUUCUUGUGCGAUUCCCAGUCUGGCCUUGGGGAGCACAAGAAAGAUCCGAAAGGUGAUGGCAAAAAAUGCUAUUGCUACCGGAUUUAUGGAGAGCGAGCAGAUGCAGAGUACAAGAAGUUUGGAUAUAUCAUCUAUGUACAGAAGAAGUAUUCAGAAUGCAGUGAUCUGGAGAGGAGCAAGCUGGAGCAGAAGGCCAACGCCAUGGAUGCAGAGCUUGUUUUUGAAGAUGAUGACAGCAGCACGAGGGACACAAAGGAGAAGCGGGCCAAGGAAAAGUUUGCCCAAAAGAAGACCGCAGCAUUUGGCUGCAGUUGGUACGAUUUGUGGUUCCAACGUGUGAGAGAAGCAGUACAACGAGGCCAACGGCUAAAAGUCGUGUUUUUUCCGGGUGAAGUGAUGAAAGGCAGGGUUGAUAUGGAUGCACUGGCCACAGCUGACCUCUGGGAUGGUGUUGGGCUUGGAACGUCCCAGAAAUGCGAGGUUGCCACACUUGAGGCAAUGAGGAAGGAAACUGGCGAUCCCAAGUGGGACUACGAUCCAGUAGAUGUGACCGAUUUCCUCAUUUCACAAUUCAAGGAAGGUGAUUUGGUGGAAGCGUUGGACGCGGACAGCCGGCGUUGGCGCAAAGGCCGCAUCCUGAAGGUUCCGCAAAGCGGGAUGCACACCGUGCGACACACCUGGAACAUCAUCUGCAACUGGUCCAGGACAGAGUUCCAGUCAGAGCACCUGAGGCCUUUGGUGCAACAUACCAACGGCUUUGAGACCAUACUGCAAGGGUUCCAGGAUAAGAAGAUGCUGCGGUCUCUGGAGGAAUUCUUCAAUUUUCAGGUGAAGCAGGUGCAGCGAUCUUGGUCCAAUGGGAGGCAUUCCAUAGCAGUGAAACUGAACAUCAGCAACCUUAGGCAAGCACACAGCUUAAGGGACAAGGUCCUGAGCGGAGAUUUGGAUCUAAAGAUCAAUGAUAUUUUGUCCAUACAAAUGUCCUCGGGAAAGGUGCUGUACAUUGCACCCAACAAGGCCCUAGUGUUUCAUUUCAUUCGGUGGCUAUUGGCCUUUGCGCAUGCAGACAGGGACUCAUUAUCAAGAUACCUCUCAAGACUCCUGGUAUUGUAUGAGCCCUACGAUCAAGCACAAGUGCCUGUCAUCAAUGGCAACCAGAUCCUUUUCGAGUCAGCCACAGUUGAACUGGAACCAUGCCAAGUCAAAGUACUUGACGAAGCGCAUUGCAUUUUUUGCGCGGACACGGACUCACUGAUCCAAGACCGCUUGAAAAGUUACAGUGCGAGAAGCACAGUGCUGCUGUCUGACCUGUCCCAAGGUUCGAGUACCACAUUUUCAGUUGAUCGACACUAUCCCAACAGGCGUUCGGUCAAACUCAUAGAAGUCGUUCGAAGCACGCAGCGCAUUGUUGCAGGAGCAUUGAGUUUUCGACUCGGCGAAUCAGGCGUUGAGAAUGUUGACAGCUUGGGGACACAUGGGCCACCGAUCAAAACCUUUUUAUUUGAAGUCCAGGCAGAACAAGACAAGAUGGAAGAGUAUGCCAAGCAUACUAUUGCAGCCAUCAACUAUGUUAUUUACCACUUUCCAAGCACAAACCUGAACAAUAGAAUUGCUCUGCUAGUGAAGGACAAUGAUUUCCUCGGAUCCUUGAGUGGAAAACUCCGACGCCACCUUCAGCACAAGUUUGCCAAGCGAUAUUGCUUGGUGUCGUAUGAGACAUCCCUCAAUUUAUUACCUAGCCACUUGAGCACUAGAGCAUCUGCACAAGGUGUGCAACAAGAGCAACAGAUCAUUUUGGACACUGUCAAGAAUGCCAAAGGUUUGGAAAACCUCAUCGUGAUCUCAAUUGGGCUUGAUGCCCCCAUUCAGGGUGGUUACGAAGAUGGCGCUACAAGAUCCUUACUCUACCAAGGCAUCACAAGAGCACAGCUGGCGUCAAUUAUCGUAAAUGAGUUUAUGCCAGAUGGCUGGCUGGCUUUCCUGGGCUGUUUGAGGCUCAGCAAGGACACUUUCGAUAAAAAGGCAGCCUUUGCUGAGACUGACAAAGGAGCAGCUGCUGCCAUGCUCAAGGUGAAAGACAGUCGACGGGAGGUUGCCGAGGCCGCCAAGACCUUAGAAGAGGAACCAGCAAACAUCUCUGUGGCCCUGAGCUUGGAAGAUUAGAGUGGGUUGGUCCGAAAAUUGGGGAUGUAGG